UUUGAUUGCAAAAAGAGGGAAGCGAAGAAUCCACAACUGACUCUCCUACCUCUCUCUCUCAUCCUUAUGACGACACUCUUCUUCAUUUUCGCCAACAAGCUUCUUCUAUCCCUCCCUGGCAUCCAAUUUCCGAUCUCAAUCCCUAUCUUCUCCACUUUAUUAUUUAUACAAUUCAAUUCCACUCUCUAUCUUCAUCCCACAACCUUCUCCUUCUUUUUCCCUACAAAUUCCCCUCACUCCCAUGAUUUUUACCGAGGAUUUGUGGCCGCUGCUCCACCAACUGGUUGGAAACACUUCUCUCUUUUCAGAGAAACCGUCCUUCUUCCACAACCUUCUGGAAUCGAUGACCAACUCCACCUGCGCAGGCGCUGAGUUCGAUCAGUGCCGAGACGAGUCGGCGGCGUUGGUUCUCAAAUUCGUCACUAUCGCCUCCAUUCUCCUCUCCGGCAUGGCCGGAAUAGCGAUCCCCCUCGUCGGAAAACACCGCCGCUUCCUCCGCACCGACGGCAACCUCUUCGUCGGUGCCAAGGCCUUUGCCGCCGGGGUGAUCCUGGCCACGGGAUUCGUCCACAUGCUCUCUGAUGCCACCGACGCGCUCCAGCACCCGUGCCUGCCUUCGUUCCCGUGGUCCAAAUUCCCUUUCACCGGCUUCUUCGCCAUGAUGGCCGCGCUUUUCACUCUCCUCCUCGAUUUCGUGGGAACGCAAUACUACGAGCGCAAGCAGGGGCUCAACCGUCCCUCGGAGGAGCAGUCUCGGGUCGGGUCGUCCGAAUCCGGAGGGAAGGUGUUUGGAGAAGAAGAGAGUGGGGGAAUGCACAUCGUGGGGAUGCAUGCACACGCCGCGCAUCAUCGACAUAACCACCCCCAUGGCCAUGACUCGUGCCAUGGCAUUGGCGGCGAGAAGGAACAAGAUAAUGCGCUUGCUGACUCCCAUGGACACGGUCACGGUCACCUCCACGGCCACUCCCACAUGGAAGAUGUCGAAGAAACCGACGUUCGACACGUCGUGGUUUCUCAGGUGUUGGAGCUUGGGAUUGUGUCACAUUCGGUAAUCAUCGGGUUGUCUCUUGGGGUUUCUCAAAGUCCUUGUACCAUAAGGCCUCUGAUUGCGGCGUUGUCUUUUCAUCAGUUUUUUGAAGGGUUUGCGCUUGGAGGGUGCAUUUCCCAAGCGCAGUUUAAAGCCUCCUCAGCAACCAUAAUGGCUUGUUUUUUUGCAUUGACUACACCGUUGGGUGUUUCGAUCGGAACGGCCAUUUCUUCAAGGUUUAACCCUUACAGCCCCGGUGCACUCAUCACCGAAGGUAUUCUGGAUUCCUUAUCGGCGGGGAUUUUGGUGUAUAUGGCUUUGGUAGAUUUGAUAGCUGCGGAUUUUCUUAGCAAGAGAAUGAGUUGUAACUUCAGGCUACAGAUAGCCUCUUACUGCAUGCUUUUCCUUGGAGCUGGAUUGAUGUCUUCGCUCGCAAUUUGGGCCUGAUGUCUAAGCUGCCACAGGAAGAAACAAACUAACUUAGAAAGUAAAGCAUGCUCAAAAGCCUUUCUCUGAAAAAUUGCAAACUUACUCAAUCUUUCCAUAUCAGUAUCCUGAACUAUGGAGUCAAAAGCUUACUGUUAAAAACACAAUCA